AUGCUUCGAUCGGUUCGAGUUGCAGCUGCCGGCCCAGCCAGGAACCUGCUUGGGCCGAGGGCUCCGCGAAUGGCUGCGGGAUGCACAUGCAGCUCCUCCGCCUCCGCAUCAUCGUCGAUUGCUCCCUUCUCCAAGUCGUCCUCGCUGUCGACUCCUUCCCUCCGAAUUCAGAGAAACUUCCACGCAACUUCGUUAAGAAUGGCCAACACCAGAACCGAGAGCGAUGCCUUUGGCGAGAUCCAGGUCCCCGCCGACAAGUACUGGGGUGCCCAGACUGAGCGCUCCCUCGAGAACUUCAAGAUCAACCAGCCUCAGGAUCGCAUGCCUCCGCCCAUUGUCAAGGCCUUUGGUAUUCUCAAGGGCGCUGCCGCCACUGUGAACAUGAGCUAUGGUCUCGAUGAGAAGAUUGCCAAGGCAAUCCAGCAGGCGGCCAAGGAGGUUGCCGACCUCAAGCUCCUCGACCACUUCCCUCUCGUCGUCUGGCAGACUGGUUCCGGUACCCAGUCCAACAUGAACGCCAAUGAGGUCAUUUCCAACCGAGCCAUUGAGAUCCUCGGCGGCACCAUGGGUACCAAGAAGCCCGUCCACCCCAAUGACCACGUCAACCGCUCCGCCUCUUCCAACGACACCUUCCCGACCGUCAUGCACAUUGCUGCCGUUCUCGAGAUCGAGGAUACCCUGAUCCCUGCCAUCAAGUCUCUCCGCGCCGCUCUCCAGCAAAAGGUUGACGAGUUCGACGCCAAGCAGAUUAUCAAGAUUGGACGUACUCACUUGCAGGAUGCCACUCCUCUGACCCUUGGUCAGGAGUUCUCCGGCUACGUUGCGCAGCUCGACCAGGGCCUGAAGCGUGUCCAGAGCUCGCUGCCUGACCUCAAGGAGCUUGCCCAGGGAGGAACUGCUGUCGGUACCGGUAUCAACACUUUCCAGGGCUUCGCCGAAGCUAUUGCCGCCGAGGUCAGCAAGAUGACUGGCAAGGACUUUGUGACUGCUCCCAACAAGUUCGAGGCUCUCGCUGCCCACGAUGCCAUUGUCCAGGCCCACGGCUCGCUUAACACUCUGGCUGGUUCCCUCACCAAGAUUGCCCAGGACAUUCGUUACCUUGGCAGCGGUCCCCGAUGUGGUCUCGGUGAGCUGAACCUGCCCGAGAACGAGCCUGGUUCUUCCAUCAUGCCCGGAAAGGUCAACCCCACUCAGUGUGAGGCUUUGACCAUGGUUUGCGCUCAGGUCAUGGGUAACCACGUUGCUACCACCAUUGGUGGCAUGAACGGCCAGUUUGAGCUCAACGUGUACAAGCCCUUGGUCAUUCGCAACCUGCUCCACAGUAUCCGCAUUCUGGCCGACGGAAUGACCUCUUUCGAGAAGAACCUGGUCGCCGGCCUCCAGGCCAACGAGGAGAAGAUUGCCAACAUUAUGAAGGAGUCUCUCAUGCUUGUUACCUGCCUCAACCCCAAGAUUGGCUACGACAUGGCCAGCAAGGUCGCCAAGAACGCCCACAAGAAGGGCCUCACCCUGAAGGAGUCUGCUCUGGAGCUCAACGCUCUGAGCGAGGAGGACUUUGACAAGCUCGUCAAGCCCGAGCUCAUGAUUGGCCCUUCCCCAUACAAGGGAUAG